AUGGCUAGCCAGACAGACUCUGCCGGCCGAGUGACAUCUCCACUCCUGCCGUCGGUGGAAGCCCCUGGAUCCAGCCCCCCAGCCAUGGACCCCCACUCCAACCUGUCAUCCCCCUCCAACGGCUCGCUGGUGGGUGGGCUGCCGGAGGCGGUGGGGCUGAGCCUGCUGGGGGCGGCCGGGGCGGCAGGGAACCUGUACACGCUGGCGGUGGCACGGGCCGGGGCCGUCCCCUCCCCGCUCCACGUCCACAUCGUCCACCUGGCGCUGGCCGACCUGCUGUACCUGGCCGGGGUGCCCUUCGUCGUGCACAACGGGCUGGCGCGGGACUGGCACUUCGGCGAGGCCGGCUGCCGGGCCCUGCUCAGCCUGGACCUGCUCACUAUGCACGCCAGUAUCUUCCUGCUCACCCUGCUGAGCACCGAGCGGUGCCGGGCCGUGCGGCGCCCCUUCCGGGCCGCCCGCCGCUCCCCCGGCCGCCGCCGGGCCCUGGCCGGGGCCGCCUGGGCCGCCGCCUUCGUCCUGGCGCUGCCCAUGAUGCUGAUGGUGCGGCAGGAGGAGCGGGCGGCGGGCGACGGCCGGGUGCGGCGGCUCUGCGUGCCCACCUGGCACGAGGCCCAGUACAAAACCUACCUGACCGUGCUCUUCGGCACCAGCAUGGUGGGGCCCGGGCUGGCGCUCGGGUACCUCUACGGGCGGCUGGCCCGGGCCUACUGGCUCUCGCAGACCCGGGGGGUGCUGGGCCCCCGGCGGGGGCCGAAGCAGCGGGUCUUCCUCCUCAUUUUCCUCAUCGUCGUGGCCUUCUGGGCCUGCUUCCUGCCCUUCUGGCUCUGGCAACUGGUGCCUCUCUACAGCCCGGGCACGGCCGCCCGCCUGCCCGUGGCCACCGAGAUCUACAUCAACCACCUGGUCACCUGCCUGACCUACAGCAACAGCUGCAUCAACCCCUUCCUCUACACGCUGCUGACCCGCAGCUACCGCAACUACCGACGGGCGCGACGGAGAUCUUGG